AUGAGCGGCACUGCCCUUGAUCUGGUCCUUGUGGAAAGAGGCAAAGAUGCUCCGAAUUCGAUAUCUUCUCCAGCUUCAUCUUACGGAUCAAGCAGCGUGACAAGCUCGGUGGCGGCAAGGGUGGCGGCAGGGGUGGCCACUCCUCUCCAUGAGCUUGUGAUUGAUGUCUUGGAGAGACACACGACGUGCCCAGCCCUGAUCCAGAUUCUGAUCCACCUUCUCACUUUCGAGCGAAGGGAAGUGAAGUGCUGUGACGUGAUCCCGUUUGCACAUGCAACGCCUCGCACUUUCCCUUUCCUGCCACUUGUUCCAACGUCUUCUCUUCUCGGUAUCCCGCACUUAAAGCCGACCACUUCAUUGUCUCCUUUCUCGGACUCGCAACAACAAAACAGCCCAAAUGAGAAGACAAGCAUAAUGGGCCGCCAUCGAACAUCAUACAGCUCCAGCACGAUACCGCUGGAUCCGACCAUUUCCAUCGCUUCAGUAGAGCAUCUCCUAGUGGACGUCGACUUCUUCAAGCGCGCAAAAAAACCUGGCGGCGUCACCAAGCCCCAGCUAUUCAAGAAGCACCGCAAAUCGCGUCAGCUCAGUUUGCUCCAAUCCUCGCACGUGUGGAAGAACGGAAAGCGAGACGAGCAGGUGCUGCAAAUGGAGGAAUGGUUUCCCAGUGUCGCGCAGCCUUUGAGCGCGCCAGCAUCCAAUCCAAAGGCUCACAGCAACACCAAAUCCCCGAGCAACAUCUCCAUGCAGAGUCUGUCCCUGGGACAGCUUCCGCCAGUCUCUUUCAAGAAUGACUGUCCUGAAUCCGACAUUGGCAAGUAUUUUUACAAGCUACCUGGCGAACUCCGCAACCGCAUCUACCGCCUUGCUGUCCUGCAGGAGACCAAUACUGUUGAGGUCAGCACGAAACCGGAGACGUGUAGCCAGGGCGCCUGCACCCAUACCAAGACUUCUUUCAAUGUCCCGGGCAUUGCCAACACUUGCCGCCAGAUGCGCUGGGAGGUUAUGCCGAUAUUCGUGGCUGAGAAUCGCACCUGGGCAUUCGACGCCGGUGUCGUCCACAAUUGCUGCGUAGGCAAUACUCUUCGAAGCCUAGGCGACUACGCAGAUCUUAUCCCACAAUUCGAGCUGGCAAUCAACCGACCACUCUGGAACCGCGACAGCUUCACGGAAUAUGCGACAUACCGCUUCACCCUCUUCCCGCCGAAGAAUCAUAUUGCCAAUAGCCAGUGGGAUCUUGUGCAGGUCGAGAAAGAAGGUCGCGUAAUCUGCGAUUGCGCUCCGAGAAAGCUUCUAACAGCUAUGAAUGCCAACAGAGAAUCCGCUGGUAAAGCUGUCGUCGAUUUUGUGGAGUCGGAGGAAUGGGCAGAUUUCGUGUGGAGAGUACGCAAGACAAAGCAGCAGCAUGCGCAUCUGUCGCGCUGCAAGAAGUGCGGCGAGUCCUGUUGUCUAGGCGCGGCCACGGCAGGCUCCUUGCAGAGAGCACUUUUGUUCCCCUUUGCCGACUUCGAAACGGCCUGGCAUCGGACAAGGCGGGCGAAAGCAAGUGGAAGGGAGAUUCUUGGUCGUGUCUGGCGUUUCGGAAUUGUAGCACGCACGGCGCAUCGCGCAUCGUUGGUCGACUUGGCAGCUUCGUGCAAAGCUGAUGGCAUACUGGAAAUGAAAAGUAAUUGGUCCUACAUCAUCGUACACAGCUCUUUCAUAUUGCCUCUCCUGCAUCCUACAUCGUCAGCAUAUUGCGGACCCAUCCUCUGCCUCGGUCUCUAUCGCAUAGUCCUCCUUUCCAGCGCAAAUGAUCAUGGGCCAAAAGCUACUGACAGCUCGCGUGCAGGACACAUUUCCAGCUCUUUGCGCUCUGCCGUGCAGAUACGCCGUCUCAAUGUCGAAGUGAGCUUAUCGUCCAUCGGCGCUUCUCUCGAUCGAUGCGCGACACGGUCGACGCGUCACUGGAUACAGUUCAUGGUGCUUCAAGGUCUGGACGCUCGAUACGAGGAAGUCUCCUUCAAUAAAAUCAUCAUAAGCUAUGCUCAGGUCCCAAUGCUGCACGAAUGCCACGAACCACAGUCACUGGAACCAAACUUGAAAGGCGAAGAGGAGAGAGAUGUGAUCAAACUCUAA